UCAGGUCGGGCAGUGCCGCACACGCAUAAUUCUAAGGAUGAGAGCACUAAGAAAGAGCAACAAGAAAGUUUCUAUCGGUCUCCAAUGCUGCUUGAACCUCAGAAGUAAAGAGACUUUUAAAAAGCUUGUCCAUAUCAACACCAUCAAUGACAAGGUAAGCUAAUGUUGCUAUGGUUACAAUCCAUAUACAUAAUAGAUUGCUAUGCUAUUCCUAUGCUAUCUACAGUUUUAUUACAAACAGCAACCUAAACUACAACAUAACAUUAAUGUAGACUUAAACAUGGUUAUCUAAAUAUAAUUUAGCACAUUUAAACAUCACUAUUUAAAGUUUUUACCAGCCUUUGUAUGGUAGCCUAUAUGCAUUGUUUGACAAAAAGCAGUGUUCCUCUGUUUGUCUUUGUUUUAUAUGUUAGUUAUAUUGUACUGAAAUGAGCUGUUUUCCUUGAGGCCUGAUCCUUUUUGAUAAGUUGAGUCAACCCAGUGCAUGCCAGGUUUGUGCUGUGAAUCUGAAUUAAAAGUGAAUUAAAGAAUAGAAAUGAAAAGAGGUUGCGUGUCUUGCCAUGUUAUUAGGCUAUAGAGACAGAGCGCGGUUAUGCAAAUUUGAAAACCACACCCACUGUCGUGGAAAACAAUCCAACUGUCUCCAUUGACUUUGUAUUGUGAGAGGCCGCCUCUUUGUCAUGUCUGGCUUAUAACAAAAAACAGAAUAAUGCCUAAAAGUUGCAUGUGUGACAAUAUGUACGGCUAUAUUAUACAAAUAGUUUCCACUGAACUAAUAAAUCCAACUUUAUUCAGUGUUAGCCCCGUAUUGCACAGUUUAUGACAAAUUUUCACAACACUUGUAUUCGUGUUCAUUUUGCUCAGUUCGUUGAAUCAGCCCAAAGGUCAUUGGUUUAAACCCAGUAAAUACACAUAAAAACUGUAGCCCCUGUAAUGCAUUGUAAAUUGUUUUGAAUAAAAGUAUUGUAUUACUUUAGUUGAUGCUAUAAGGAUAGUUUAACAUCUCACCCAUUUCCAGGGCAUUAUAUGACACUUCCCUCUGGACGUUUAUGUAAACUCGCACACGUCAGGACUUGUGUUAUUUUUAAUGAGGGUGACCCUGAUCUCCCACACUUUCCUUUCUCGUCCAAUCAGGCUCUCAAAUGUAAAUCAUAUAUUUCCUACAAUACUGUGUUGCAGUACAUAAAGCGCUUGUUGAGCACACGCUCCUCACCAGAGGAAAUCCUGAUAUUGGAUUUUUAAUCAACCGCAAUAUAUGAAUCCGUUGAAGUUUUCUUCUAUUUGAGAAAAGUGCUGUUCAAGACAAAAACAUGUCGGCCGCACCUACUGCACCCCCUACUAGCAUGUUCGACACAAUCCCAGGAUAUGAGGGGACCCUGGCCGGCGGUGGUGGUGGGUAUCUUCCACCUCCAAUGCCCACUGUACCCAUGCCUGUGCCCGAACAAGCGCCAACUCCCCAAGACUGGCACAUUCCCUCAAUCUCAGAAGACAAAGCUCGUGAAUCUCUACAAAAAUACGUCUCCAGCAAGUGUUGCUAUAGAUCUGCACCUGUUAAAGACGGGGUGAUUACCAGCAUGGAGACUUUUAAUACCUACAGGUAUCGUUUGGAGAGUUUCACAGAGUCCAGAUCAACUGAAUGGAGUCAGGAGCCUUUCACAGGGCAGGUUGUGGAUGCUGGUAAUCAACCUGCACCAUCGCCAUGGCAGAUUCCUACUAAUCCUCCAGCCUUCUUCAAUGACCAGACGCAGAACAUUAAAGUGCCUUAUACCUCCUCAGUCAAGAACUGUCACAAGUGUUUUGGAAUAGGAAGAGGUACCUGUAUCACAUGCUCUGGAGCUGGAAACAAAGUGUGUUGGUCGUGUAAUGGUUCUGGAUCUCGUCAGGCUCAUGACCGCUGCAUGACCUGCAGGGGCCGUGGUCGAACGAAAUGUAAUGCAUGUAAUGGCCACGGCACUCGUGAGUGUGAAACAUGUCAUGGGAAGAGACAGUUGCUCGUCUUCAUCAAUCUCACUGUUAAAUGGACCACUGAAAAAGAUGAUUUCGUAGCAGAACAAUCGAGUGGUCUGAGAGUGCAAAACCUUGAAAGUGUCUCAGGGAAGCAGCUGUUUCAAAAUGCCCAAUACAUGCUGUAUCCAAUUAUGGGUUUUCCUGAUGCUUCUGUCGCACAAGCUUCUGAACGUUUAGUAGGAGAGCAUCAGACAAAAUAUGCCCAAAACUCCCGAAUAUUACAACAGAGACAGACAAUAGAGCUCAUUCCCAUUACCAAAGUGAACUACAAGUGGAAAGGAAAAUCCUAUUUUUAUUUUGUGUAUGGAAAUGAGUUUCAAGUGAGCGUUGAUGAUUACCCAGCCACCUGCUGCUGCUCUGUGAUGUAACACAACAAAUAUCAUCUGAUAUAACCCUACACAUUUAUAUACACCCAAAAAUACAGUACACACAACCACUACUGUAUAUACAGCAACACUGAUUUAUUUCAUCUGAGUUUGUUUUUAAGCAGACUGUGUUUGUGUAUUCUGACUUGACAGUACAGACAUACAUUUGUGUUGCAUUUCAUUUCUUAUUUUCUUAUCACUGUUACUCAAAUGUUUAUAUACUGUAUAUGUUAUAUAUUCAUUCUGUUUUUUAGUUUUACUAAUAAAUCUAUUGUUUACCUUCACAAGGAUGCAUUUCCAAGAGUUGCAAUCUUGGUUUUAAACAUCACAGGUGUUGUAUAGCAGUACAUUUCAAAUGUUAUGUGUACUGGUAUGAAAACACCUGCUUAUCUGUAUCUAGUCAAACUGAGCAUUAAAACAACUAAGAUUCAUCAAAACUCUACUCAUUUUAAUGUUUCAUCACUUUAAUGUUCUUUUCCUCUAUCUCUGUACCUGCCUCGAGCUUGACUCGUUUUCCUAAGGAAG